AUGGUGGUGAAUCCUCGGCAGUACGCACUUUAUCACAUAAAACGCAAGCAACUUUCCAACUUUGAAGAAGUUUUGCCGACUGUCUUCGCUUAUUGCGACGAGAUCCAAGAAAGCUUUGACUUUCUCUACGACUUUAGCGGACGAAAGCGUGCACGCGUCAUCAGACUAGAAGAUCUUGAAGCGAACGAGUUAAGUGUCGUCAGUGAGCUCUACAAGUUUGCUGGCUACAAGUGGAGAGGCGUAAAUGCUCAGGACUUACAGAAGUGGGCAGAGCACUAUCAAUUAGAACCGAACGAGUGGAGAACGACGUUGCCGUUCGAUCUUGUCGAUACUAUUGAUAACUACUGCCGAAAAACAAUGGACCAAAUAGGCUAUUUACCCGUCCGAAACGAUUUCAUCCUGACUGACUUGCAUAUCGACCUAAAUGGUGAAAACUACAUUGACCAGACUAUUCAGAAUUUGAAAUAA